AUGGCUGGCUUAGGCGACGCCGCCAAGGAAUACAUCGCUGGAUCUGCUGCAGGCGUCGCCCAGGUAGUCGUCGGCCACCCUUUCGACACCGUGAAGGUCAAAUUGCAAGCUCACAACACCAGGGCUCACGGAAAGGUCUACAAGAAUGCAUUCCACUGCACUAGUAGGAUACUGGUUGAGGAAGGAAUAAGAGGGUUGUAUAAAGGCGCAUCAUCUUCAUUUAUUGGUAUAGCACUUGAAAGCUCCCUUUUUUUUGGCACAUAUGCACAAGCCAAACAAUUACUACAGGGAAAAUCUGAGGAUUGUAAGCCGCGGCUGCAGGUAAUUAUUCCUGCUGCUGCCUGCAGUGGAGCCCUGAUCAGCUGCAUCCUUGCUCCGACUGAGCUGACCAAGUGCAGAAUGCAAGUUCAAGGGAAGGAUGUGAUGUAUGCGACACGGUACUCCAGCCCUCUAGAUUGCGCUGUGAAAACACUGCAGCGUGAAGGGGUUAGGGGUAUAUUUCGUGGUGGUUUAGCAACACUGUACAGAGAGGCAAUUGGCAAUGCUGUCUUCUUCUGCACUUAUGAGUACAGCCGAUAUUGGAUGCACAACUAUAUAGAUUCUCGGCAAUUUUCUAGCAACAGUGGCUUGGUUGUGGCAAAAGAUAUCGGGAUAGGAAUCAUGAGUGGUGGCCUCAGUGGGAUGGCUUUCUGGACAGCUACCCUGCCAAUGGAUGUUGCCAAAACGAUUAUUCAGACAGAUCAUAACCCUCAGUCGAGCCGAAAUCCAUUUCGGGUUUUAAACAUGGUCUAUAGGAGAGCUGGUCUGGCUGGAUGUUAUGCUGGUCUUGGGCCAACACUGGCAAGAGCAUUCCCUGCCAAUGCGGCAGCGAUUGUUGCCUGGGAGUACAGUGCUAAGAUUCUUGGUAUAAGGCGUGACUAA